AUGGCUUGGUUAGUUAGCAUUCUAUUCUGCCUUGGGAUUUCAAGGGCUCAGUUCUCGGAUAUAAUUGUUAACGGGAACCUAGAACUACAGGAAAUACUAUUAAGACUUCUCGCAAAAUUGCACCUCGAAGAUAAGUACGACAUACUGUUAAUCUACGGAGAGGAUUGUGUUUUUCCUUCCCUAACCAGACGUCUGCCAAUAUCCACAGUGCUGGUGUCUUCGGGAAGCACAAACUUUGAUUGGAAUUUCAGCACCCCAACACUUAUACUUAGUUGUGGGUUUCAAGCCGAGAGAGAGGAAAACUAUCGAACCCGGAUGAAGCUGCAAGCAAACAGGCGUCUAAUCCUUCUAAGGGAGGAUAUUCAACCAGAGACUGUAUGCGAAUAUUACACGAAAAAGGACCAGUAUAACAUAGCCAUGGUAACAGUCGACUUCGAUCAGGACGGAGUAGUCAACUCGUGUCGCUUUUUUCAAGACCGAAAAUAUGAGAAGAUCAAUAUUUUCGAGGGUCAACACAUUUUCAUAGAACAAUUUCGAAACAUGCGCGGAGCUCCGAUCAGAACAAUCUCAGACAACUUGGCUCCUGGAUGUAUGAUCUACCGGGAUCCAAAAACAGGUGAAGAGAAGUUCACCGGAUUCGUGGCCAAUUUGCUAAACAAUUUCGUGGAAAAGGUUAAUGCCACCAUGGAAAUGCAGGUUAAUUUAAUUGAGGCCGGAGGGAAAAUAUCGUUUGUGAAUAUUUCAAAGUGGACGGCGGUGGACCUCCUGGACAUUGGCAUGAGCGAAUCCGCAUCCUGGCAUAUGUGGAACUACGAUACGCUUUCUUAUCCGUACCUAAUAACUUCCCACUGCUUCAUGGUUCCUCUUCCGGAUUUGGUGUCGUACAAUGACCUGUACUUGCUAAUCAUAGAUCCGCCCGUCCUGGCCGCGCUCUUUGUUAUAUACUGCACCAUCUCGCUGCUCCAAUUCUACACCCAGAGGAAGUCCUGGCGCGGCCUGAGCCUGUCCAGGGUCCUGAUGAACGAUAUGUGUUUGAGGGGAUUUUUAGGCCAGUCGUUCCCUUUUUCCCUUCACUCCAGCAGAAAACUGAAACUGCUUUUUCUGAUUGUUUGCUUUACCAGCGUAAUGUGCAACACCAUGUAUGUGUCAUACCUGCAGAGCUUCAUGUGGGGUACGCUGCGCCAGCCGAUUAUGCUGAGCGUACUCGAUGUGGAGAGGUCCAGAUACAAGGUGGCCAUACCCAGUUUCGAAUUGGAAGUGCUGCUAAGUUUAAACCUCAGCGAAGAGAAGUUGCUGAUCUUCGAGGACGCCAACCAAUUCGAGCGGUUGCGGGAGACCUUUAAUGACAAUUAUAUCUACCCGAUUACCGAAGUCCGCUGGAUCACCUUCAACGAACAGCAGAAGCUCUUCGCAUAUCCCCUAUUCUACUACUCACAUUCACUGUGUCUAUACAACGUCGACACCUACACUGUUCCCAUAAGACGUCACCUGCCCUAUCGCGAUCUCUUCGAGGAGCACAUUAUGCGCCAGAAUGAGUUCGGUUUGCCGAGGUACUGGAUCGAUCGAAGCUUUACCGAUAUGCUAUGGCUGAAACUUAAGCGGUUUGAGGACUUAAGUCCACCACACCUGAAUGAUGAAAUCGAAGUAAAAAAUCUUUAUUGGGUAUUAGGCAUGUUUGUGGCUGGAUUAAGCAUUAGUUGCUGCUGUCUUGCCAUUGAGCUUUUGGGAUCUAUAAGCUGCCGGAGAAGCUUUAUAAUACCUAUGUGUAAAAGGGUUAAGAAUUAACAUCUUUGUCUGUAUUUAAAUUUAGAUUUACCUGA